AUGGUGUUGGAGGGAGAGACAUCAACUUCAAAAGGGCCAAGGAAUGGGUAUGUCUUAUUUAGAGAGGAAUUUGCUCAAGGGAAAAAAUUCAAGGGUGUAGUAGAUAGAACUAACAAGGCGAAAGAGGCAUGGGCAAGGCUCUCUAUUAAGGAGAAGAAAAUAUAUAGUGAAAGGGCCAAACAAAUGAGGCCGGAGAAGAAGAAGAGUAAGAGAGUAUGGAAAAUGUUCACCCGUUGCUCUGUUCGUCAAUUCAUGUCACUGGCGGAAUUUGUUAAGAGUGAUGAAAGUUUAAGACAAAGGAUAGAGAACAUAGGAUUCUCUAAGUUGUUGGAUGUGGAAAUUGACAAACUCCCACGUGAGUUAAUUGUAGCUUUCAUUCAAUCGUACGAUCCAGCAACACAUCAGUUCCGAUUAAGGGGGAGGACAGAAGAAGUUGAGGCAAACGAUGUGGGAACAUUGCUUGGUGUGCCCCAUACUGGGGAAGAGGUAAAAGGAGAUGUUGAUGAAAAUCAUGACACAUAUAAGAAGCUGAGGAGAAAGUAUUUAAAUGUUGUUUAUAGCAAGAUAUUAGCUGACAUAAAAAGUGGGACGGAUGAUGAGCAUUUUGAACUAUUAUUUAUGUUGGUCACACUUGGCACAUUUCUAGCUCCAACUUCAAGUGCAAGAGUUGGUGAGAAGUUAUUAAGGGUGGUAUGUGCAACUAUGAAUGGAUAUGAACAGUAUGAUUGGGCAACGUACAUCAUGAAUGACCUCUACAAGGAAAUGGAAGAUUAUGUGAAUUUGUUCAGGAAGGAGAGGGAUCCGUGCUGCACUGUGGGUGGCUGCCUGUACUUCUUGGUGCUAUAUUUGGGUGAGAAAUUCCCAUUGUCAAAAGCUACUAACCAUGACCCAACAAAUGCUAUUGCAUAUUGGACGGAUAAGAGAAUAAAGGAAUUGGUCAACAAAGAGUCAAAGAGUAACAUAGGCCUAUUGUACAAAGGGAAGUCUACAAAAGUGGUCGAAGAUACAAUAAGUGUUGCUCAUCUACGACCGGAAUUGAAGCAAGUGCAUCGAAGGAUGAUGGAUGCACUUGAGGAAAGCCAUAAAAGGCUUAGUAACCAAUUUGCAGAGGAGCUUAUGAAGGUGCAGCUCCAUCUACAGGGGAUGCCAAGUUCAAAUCUGAGGGACCUUGUUGACAACACACGCGAUGAGGCAGUGAUUCUUCCAUCUGAUGGUAAAGGUGAAGAGGGAGGUAGUGACAAAGGUUAUAGUGAUGGAGAUACUGCUGAAGGUGAAGCCCAUGAUCAGGAAAGAGGUAGUGAUGAAGGUGAUGAGGAUGGAGAGGAAGGAGACAGUGAGAAAGGUGAUGAUGAAGGAGAUAAAGGGGUGGAGUCAUCAGAUGAAGAGACUGACAAGGGAGAAGACCAAAGGCCAUCAAAGAGAACAAUCAUUCCAAGUCGUCAAGUAACUUCUCCAUGGAUUUCCAUGUUGAAGCCUGUUAAGAGGAGAAAGAGAGUGAUAACUGAGAAAGACAAGUUUUUCAACAUUGUCUCUCGUAUGUGUUCACGGGAGGAGGGUCAGAAGAUUAUGGUUACAAUGUGUGAUGAACAAAUUGAUCGGGAUCAAUUGCGCACGAUAGGUGGAAUCGAAAGAGUGAGUAGCCCUCUAAUAACAAUGGUCGGUAGGGCAUUAAUGGCAGAGGCAGGUGAGGGAGGACAAGUGAGGCGACACAUUUUUGAUGCUGAGUUCAUGAUGAAAAUGCUUGGUAACCCUUCUCAGUGGCGAGCAUCAGAGAACAAACGUGCUAUUUUGCCACAGCAUAUCGGGUACAACCUAGGUGACUGUGAUUUAAUAUUUGGACCCGCAAUUGUUGAGUCUCACUGGUUUUGCUUUGUGUUGGAGCCAAAAACAAUGCAUUUUUAUGUCCUGGACUCCAUGAGGCUGCCUAAUGAUAUGCCAAAGAAGACCAAGAAGAAGGAUUCAUUGGAAGAAAAAAGGAUGUUUCAUCUUCAUGCAUGUAGAGACAACUUUUAUGAUAUAAUUGCAUUAGUCAGACCUCAACUUGUUGGGAAGAAGCCUAAGACUGAUAUUAUUUUUGCACCUGUUCCACAACAGAACAACUUGAGAGAUUGUGGUGUUCAUGUGUUGAUCUGGCUAAGCAAAUGGGUCCCGGAUGUGACAUUUGACUUCAAUGAGAAUCAUGUAGCUGAGUUUAGGCGUGAGCUAAUGUGGUGGCUAGUUAAUCAUCCGCAAAAUUCAAGUCGUGAAGAAGCCUUAACUCUCCUCUCAGAACAGCAGAACAAGACAACCACCAAAAGACGACGUUUGUCAUAGUACUUAGUAGGAGGUUCCUUUUACAUGUCUAUGUGACACUCUGAUGUAGUUCCAUGUUAUUUAACUUGGGAGAACAUUUAUGUACAUGGCAGAAGGACUGAUUUCAAGAUUA